AUGGCUUCGAACAAAACACUGGGGAAGAAAAUGUCCGUCGUGGACGAGCAACUGAGGGGGCCCGUACCGGUUAUGGACGAAAAUGAUCCUAUCUACGACUCUGAAUCUGAGGACGAAGACUGCUUGUACACAGUCAUCGACGUCGCCGCGAACGAGUAUCGCCAGGCGCUGAACAAAACCAGCUGCUUCUCUGGUGCCGCGCCUCCGAAAAAGUCGCAUUUGACCCUCGAGGAAUUUACAAAGUUCGCCAAGGAUGCUCUCGACGAGUACUACGCCUCGCACGAGCCGCUCGAACUCGCGCGGUCGCUCCAGGAGCUGAACUGCAGUCAGUACCUUGACUCCUUCGUGGUGCUGGCUGUCCGCUCCGCGCUCGACCGGGUCACGGAAGAGCAAAAGUGCCUCUCUGCCUCUCUCACACUGCUGGCUGACAAACAAAUCAUCAGCAAACAGCAGAUGGUUCGCGCCUUCGAGAAACUCGUCCAGUCUGUCGAGGACCUGAACCUGGAAAGCCCAGACAACCCAGAUCGCGUCUACUUGUUUUUGGACUGCGCGGCGCUUGACGGCUGCCUGGACGAAAGCUACGCUAAACGCCUGCCGGAGAAGUUCCUCGCGUCGCUGUCGCCUGCGAUUAUGGAGGCGAAUCCGCACCUGAGUGUCACGCUUGAGGACCUGAAGAAGUUUAAGGUGGCUGUCCGGGACUUCCUGCCCGACUUCUUCAACUCCGGCAGCAUCGAUGAACUCCACAUCUUCCUAGACGAACAGCGGCAGCCGCUUCUGCAGCACGAGUUUGUCAAGAUGGCGGUGGAGUCCUCGUUUGCGAAAGAAAACGAGCACCGCGAGAUGGUCAGCAACUCCCUCGACCGGCUGUAUGGCAAAGCGCUCAAGCCCGACGACAUCCAGUUCGCAUUUGCGCGCCUCGUGGGGGCUGUCGACGACAUCGCUCUCGACCAUCCCGACGCGUACGACCUUUUGUCAAAAUUCUUGGCUCGGGCGAUCGCCGACGAGAUUCUGCCUCCGUCCUUCCUCGUGGAUCGCUACCGCCUGCACUACGGGGGCUUCGGCGGCAUGCAGGUCCUCAAGAAAGUCCAGAAGUGGCUCGCCGAGCAAAAUGGCAAGGCCGUGAGUUCGCGGCUGCGCAAGGUCUGGACCGGCACUGACCCCGACAAGAAGGAGGUUUGCGAGUUCAAGGCGAGCGUGCGGGAGUGCAUCUAUGAGUACUUUGACAGCAACGACCAACAAGAAGCUGCGCGAAUCCUCCGCGAGCUCGAGCUGUCGCCCGACCAGGUGGCGGAGAUGGUGAGGAAGCUUCUCGUGGCUGGAAUGGAAAAGGCUGCGGCGGGCGAGUCCACCACGGACAGCGUGUUUUCGUUGCUCACUCACUUGCUGGAGCGGACAGAUAUCGACGAGGAAAUGAUUCAAAAGGGAUUUGAGCAGGCCCUGCAGUUGACGGAGGAGAUCAAACUCGACAUCCCUGACAUGGAUCAGCGAUUUCCCCAGCUGGUGGAGGAGGCAAAGAGGCGCAAGGUGCUGCCCGCGGAGUUUUAG